GGGUGACCCUCUGAGGCAUGCACACAUGUGACUGCCUGCAGAAGGGGCUGCGGGUGCUGGAGAGUUGCUGUGAGCGGUAGCUGUGGGUCUACGGGCUGGGCUUUACACACAAAACACACCGAAAUCAUGUCUGAGGAAGCAUUUCAGAAGGCUGCAGAGGAGGUGAAGCAGCUGAAGGCAAAGCCGAGUGAUGCUGAGAUGCUGGAGAUUUACAGUUUGUACAAACAGGCCACCGUAGGAGAUGUCAACACGGCUCGCCCUGGCAUGCUGGACUUCGCUGGAAAAGCCAAGUGGGAUGCCUGGGAUGCAAAGAAAGGCAUGAGUAAGGAGGAUGCAGUGAAGGCCUACAUCAGCAAAGUUGAGGAGCUGAAAGAAAAAUAUGGAAUCUGAAUUGUUAAUUGGACUGUGAGGUUCACUAUUGAUCCUCUGGCCAGUCAGUACUUUUACUUUAAAAAGCCUUAAACCUCUACAUAUCACUGAUGUGAUAUUGGCGCCACAAAGACUCACCCCAGGAACACAGGACAUUCAUGCCUGUUUGGCCUACAGAGACCGUCCACCAGCAACUUUGUAACCUUCGCUAAACGACUGUAAAGACCACAAAUGUCAUAAAUUCUGUUCCAUUUCAAAU